AUGGGCAUUCCGUCCAUCAUCAUUAGCAACGUUUUGCAGAAGAAGUAUCGACUGAAAUACGUCAUGGUGUUUGGAAUGGUCCUUACGGUUGCAGGGACCGCCCUGUCGCCGUUUGCCGACUCAAGGGGCAAGUACUGGGGCUUCGCAUUCCCUGGCCUUCUUCUUGGUGCGUCUGGUGUUACAGUGGUCUUCACAACGUCGAACAUUGCCGUUGUCAAAGUGACGCCUCCACAGAUUGCAGGAACUGUCGGCACUACCAGUGGUGAAGUAUACCACGGGGGACCGACGGGAUACUCUGGGCGAGCAGCAGGAUUUUGGUUCCUCUUCGCCUUAGUUUGUCUGCUGGCUCUCUGCAGGCUCGUUUUUAUCAAGAACACGAUCCCUCCUGUCAAGAAAAAUGUGGAAGAAGAGAAGGAGAAGAUGGCGGCGUUCGAGACGUCUCGUGAUGUUGAGGAUGGGAGUUCAUAG